GUUGAUCUAGCGGGGGACUCAUUCAAUCUUCAUUCUCGCUCUAUAUUCUUCUGAUUUCGCUCAUUCUGGUUUACGUUUGUUCGUAGCAUUGAUUAAAGCUAUGGCGAUUCAUGAAGAUAGAAUCAGCCAAUUGCCUAGAGAUAUUCUCAUAUCUAUAAUCUCUCGACUCAGCCUCCGAGAAGCUACUUCUACUUGCAUACUUUCAACUCGUUGGAGACAUCUCCAUACCUAUAUCACUCAACUUAAUUUCCCAAAAUAUGUGCAUAAAAUUAAUGAAAUUAGCACGUUAUCAAAUUAUGAAAGUAUGGUGGACCAUGUCCUGAAUUCACAUAGAGGUAGUCGAAUAAAAGAGUUCAGUUUGAACGGAGAAGGCAAUUUCGAGAGUUGCUUCAAAUUUGCCCUUAAUAAGAAAGCUGAAAUAAUUCAUAUAGCUAUGUAUAAUGAAAAGGAUCUGGAUCUUGACUUUCUUAGACUUCCUAGUACGAAUAACGGUCUUCAAUGUCUUAAAGAUUUAUCUCUAUUUGGUCUUAAAUUGACCGAUCAAUACUUUGAGCUUUUGGUCUCCAAUUGCACUACUCUUGAAUCUUUGACAGUUAAAUUGUCUUAUGAGUUGAAAAAUGUCUCAAUUGUUGGCCUCUCGAAAUUGAAGCGUUUGAACUUGUCCUCCUUUAUGGAAGUUGAAUCCAUUGUGAUUCGCGACGCUAUUAGCCUCGUAUCUUUGACGCUCCAACAAUUGAGCAGUGGAUGCACCGUGCAAUUUAGUAAUACUCCGAAGCUUACCAAACUCAAUUUCGGAGAACGUUUUGGUAAAUUCAUGCUUGCUGAGUUUCUUGACAGAAUGUCAUCUUGCAUUAGUGACCAACUCCAAGUAAUGCACCUCUCAACUAGUGUUGAUUUUUUUAUGCACAAGAGUGAUCCACAUUUUCAUGAUGAGUUGUUCAGGAUUGAUCUUGUCAAUAUAAAAUAUCUAGAGUUGGAGAUUACAAUUAUGGGUUUUUGUCGAAGCUUGUAUAUGUUACGCCAUUUCUGUCGUUUGGUCGAAGCAUGUAGUUCUUUAGACAAACUUGUGAUAAAGUGUACAUGCACACCCACUUAUGAUAAAUGCAGGUUAGAAUCAUAUGUUGGUCAAUGCAAGUUGUCUUUCAAGUAUUUGGAAAUCAUGGGAUAUUUGGGUACUCCGACACAAUUGGAGUUGGCUUUGUACGUCAUCAGAAAUGCUGCAUCUCUUGAAAAAGUGACUGUAGUGGCUAAUGACCAAGAUGCAUUAGCUCGUGCACGUCAUGAUUUUAGACAUAUUAGAUCAGUUAGUUUUUUAGUUAUUUAACUGCUAUAAUUUGCAGACUGAUCUAGAUUUUCAUGCUGAGUUGCUACGGCUUGAACUUGUCAAUAUAAAACAUCUAGAGUUGGAUCCUGAUGCGAUGGGUUUUUGUAGCUUGAAUAUGUUACACCAUUUCUGUCGUUUGGUUGAAGC